AUGGGGAUCAAGCGCUCACACCGCGAUUCCUCGUCAUCAGACAGCACACCCUACUCGCGUGAGACAUCGGCCGACGUCAAGAUUGUCCACUUAGAUACCGAAUCUGCCGUCUCUGACGAACCCACCAUCAUGAAGUGCUCACUGCCUCCGCACGAACCGCUUGCGUUCAACUCCAUUGAAGACCACGAUGUGCACUACCAGCAAGUUCACAUGAACCGAUGCAGCGAAUGCCACAAGAACUUUCCGGAUCAGCACUUUCUACAUCUGCAUAUUGCAGAAUAUCAUGAUCCUAUCAAUGCUGCCAAGCGAGACCAGGGAGAGAAAACGAUCACGAAGAAGCUCAGGAAGAAGGAGAAACGCGUCGCUACCCCACCAGACUUCGCGGGCGUGGAGGAUUCGGAGGCCGCGGACUCGCACGAGAAGACGCAGCAGGUAUCACUGCCUCAAAGACAGCCACUACUGCUCAGCCGGUCGAUUCCAUGGACAGCCUAA